UAUGAGCUGUUUGUGUCACCGAGUAAAAUUAGCCGCGCCUGUUGCUAACAGGAGGGGGUGAAAUUGGAGCCCAGGCCCGACCAGGGCUCCAUCCUCCCAGGCCGGCUGGGGAUCUGAGCCCAGUCCCUCCGCUCUCCCCCUCAGCGAGUCAUGGGACGGCUUGAAACACUGUCCCCAGAGCCCGAGCGGGGGUAGCUGAUUCACGGCACACUUUUUCCAACAUCCAAGAUGGUGCGGGAACAGUACACCACCGCCACCAACGGCGCCCCGGUGGAGAGGCCAGAGAACCAGAAUGUCUACAAGAUCGGCAUUUACGGCUGGAGGAAGCGCUGCCUCUACUUGUUCGUCCUCCUCUUGCUCGUCCUCCUCCUCGUGAACUUGGCUCUGGCGGUGUGGAUUCUCCGAGUGAUGUGGUUCUCCCCCGCAGGGAUGGGGCACUUGCUCGUCACAAGCGAUGGACUUCGCCUGGAAGGGGAGUCAGAGUUUUUAUUCCCACUGUACGCCAAAGAGAUCCGCUCCAGAGUGGACUCAUCUCUGCUCCUGCAGUCCACCCAGAACGUGACCGUGAGCGCGCGCGACGCGGACGGAGAGGUCACAGGCAGGUUAAAAGUGGGUCCCAGAAUGGUCGAGGUCCAGAGUCCACAGUUUCAGAUCAACUCCAAGGACGGCAGGCCACUGUUUACUGUUGAUGAAAAGGACGUUGCGGUCGGUACAGAUAAGCUUCGAGUAACUGGGCCUGAAGGGGCUCUUUUUGAACAUUCGGUGGAGACGCCCCUCCUGAGACCUGACCCACUGCAGGACCUCAGACUGGAAUCCCCAACACGGAGUCUAAGCAUGGACGCCCCGAAGGGCGUUCACAUUAAAGCUCAAGCAGGAGAAAUGGAGGCCCUUUCCCAGAUGGACAUCGUCCUGUGCAGCAGUGACGGAGUGCUCGUGCUUGAUGCGGAAACCGUGCGUCUGCCCACGCUGGCUCAGGGCACCCUGGGCCCCGCUGGCAGCUCACAGGUACUCUAUGAAAUCUGCGUGUGUCCAGAUGGGAAACUCUACCUGUCUGCGGCUGGCGUGGGUACCACGUGCCAUGAGAGCAGCCAUGUCUGUCUCUGAACCACCUGCACCCGCCACAGAGCACCUGCCUCGUUUCCGGGAGCUUUCGAGGGCCGACCUCUAGCCACCGCGCUUGGAGCAGCCAGACAUCCUGUAAAGCUGAGACGGCAUGUGGGGCGUAGCACCCGCUCUCCAAAGGUGCUCAGAAAGAAAACUGUACCAGGGAGCGUGUUCCUGGGAACCCCAUGAUCUCAGAGUGGCAGGUGGGCGUGAGACACAACAAGGAAAUAACAAAGCAAAGUGUUUAUUCCACUAGACUAACUUCCGUCAGAAUCACUGUGGCUUUCCCUUUUGCAUACGUGGGACCUGCAGUGAAACCCUGAACUGCUGUGUGGCGUCAGCUGUGGUGUCCAGCUGUGGGCCCCCCCGGAGGCAGCGUGGGUCCCUACCACAGCGCCCCAGGGCUGUGAGUGCCCCCUCCACUUCCGUGCAGUGUCGGUUUCACAAGAAAAUCUUCCUGUGUUAAAGGGACGUGGAGGUUGAUCUGAUUUUUAAUACAUAAUCAGAGGAAUAAAUGAUACAAAACUGA